CUCCUCCAGGGGAUCUAAGCCUUGUGCCUCCAACAUGGAAGUGGAGAAUCAGACACGAGUCACCAAGUUCAUUCUUGUAGGGUUCCCUGGGAGCUUGAGCAUGCGUGCAGCAGUGUUCUUGAUGUUCCUUGUGGCUUACCUUCUAACAGUGACUGAGAACGUAAUCAUCAUCCUGUUGGUGCAGCAGAACCGGCCACUUCACAAGCCUAUGUACUUCUUCCUGGCCAACCUCUCCUUCUUGGAGACCUGGUACAUCUCUGUGACUGUGCCCAAGCUAUUGUUUAGUUUUUGGUCCAUGAGCAACAGCAUCUCAUUCACUCACUGUAUGAUACAACUUUAUUUCUUCAUAGCACUCAUGUGCACAGAAUGUGUGCUCCUGGCUGCCAUGGCCUAUGACCGUUACGUGGCAAUCUGUCGCCCACUCCACUAUCACACUAUCAUGAGUCAUGGACUUUGCUUCCGCCUGGCUCUUGGUUCUUGGACUAUUGGCUUUGGCAUCUCCUUGGCAAAGAUCUACUUUAUUUCUCGCCUCAGCUUCUGUGGCCCCAAUGUCAUCAAUCACUUCUUCUGUGAUAUCUCUCCAGUACUUAACCUCUCCUGCACAGACAUGUCCAUGGCUGAGUUGGUGGACUUCGUGCUGGCAUUGAUCAUCUUCCUCUUCCCACUGUCAAUCACUGUCCUCUCCUAUGGCUGUAUUCUGGCCAGUGUCUUACGCAUGCCCACAGGAAAGCAGAAAGCUUUCUCCACUUGUGCCUCCCACCUUGUGGUGGUCACGAUCUUCUAUUCAGCUACUAUUUUCAUGUAUGCCCGGCCCCGAGCUAUCCAUGCUUUCAACAUGAACAAAAUCAUUUCCAUCUUUUAUGCUAUUGUCACCCCUGCUCUCAACCCUUUCAUAUAUUGCCUAAGGAAUCGAGAGGUCAAAGAAGCUCUGAAGAAGCUGGCCCACUGCCAGACCAUCAGAUCUGACUAGUCCAUUACAACUGAUUAGAAAGAAA